AUGUCAGACGACGAUACCAGUGUUAAGGAAUUUGGCCAUAAAGCAAUAAAAGCAGAAUCAUCGAGAUAUUCGUUUACACAGCAGCAGUUCGGUAUGGCUACUAAAAUCAAGGCACCCCAAUUCAGUACGCAAAAUCCAAAGCUUUGGUUUGCACAAGUCGAAGCCCAAUUUUCGACAAACCAAGUAGUUACUGAGCGCACCAAAUUCGACCUCGUAAUUCCAUUGCUUGAUACUCGCGUCGCAUCGGAAGUUGAGCGACUUAUUCUCGAACCGCCAGCAGUUUCGCCUUACUCAGACCUCAAAGCAGCACUAAUUAAAUGUUUCUCAAAAUCGGAAGAGGCAAGAAUCUCGCAACUCCUCGACAAAGAACGCCUGGGUGACCGCACACCAUCGCAGCAUCUACGUCAUUUACGAGCACUGGUUCCAGGUAUAGACGACGUCAUAAUUAAAGCGCGUUGGCUAUCACAUAUGCCAAACGAAAUCCAGGUGUGCCUUGAAGCUUUCGCCGACGCAACACUCGAAAAACUUGCCGAGUCCGCCGACAGAAUGGUUGAACGUCUGUCGCUCAAGCCCCAAGUGGCAGCUACGAUAGUACCAUCUACUUCGGAAAGCAGCGAAGUCGCGUCACUGCGCCGAGAAGUCGCGCAGCUUACGAAACAACUAAAAAAUAUGUCGACCAAUCGCUCCCGGCCAAGGUCUCGAAGUCGCUCACGCCCACAAGCAACGAAGAAACAUGAUCUCUGCUGGUAUCAUUGGAAAUACGGAAAGCACGCUCGCACUUGCGUACCGGGUUGCAAGUGGCAGGGAAACGCCAGCGAGAAUCAGUAG